UUCAAAUAUCUAGCUAGAGCUUAUGAGCUGGAGACCAAAUGGGUCGAGGAUGGCUAUGCGCCAACAAUGGAAGAGUACUUUUCCAAUGGGAUAGCAACCAGCACGGGCACCUUGCUCCUUGCUUCAUUUGCAGGCAUGGAAAAAUUUGCAAAAGUCGAUGCAUUUGACUGGCUGCAAGCUAAUCCAAGAAUUGCGGUUGCUUCUUCCAUAGUUGGUCGCCUCAUCAAUGACUUAGCAAGCAAAAGGGGACAUAUUGGUGGUGCGCUUGAAUGCUAUAUGAAGGAGUUUAGCCUUUCAAAGCAGGAUGCCAUUGACGAAAUAUAUAGAAGGAUAGAUGAUGGAUGGAAGGAUAUUAACGAAGAAAUCCUUAGGCCAACCACGGUCUCCAUGCAUCUACUUGUGAGGAUCCUAAAUAUUACGCGAUCAGUGGAUGCUCUUUACCAAGAUGGGGAAGCAUUUACUCAUCAACAGAUACUAAAAGACGAAAUGGAGCUGUUGUACCUGAAUCCAAUUCCCGUUUAUUAA